AUGGCAGCCAGUGAGGUGACUGUAGGAAUCAUCUUACUGUCACAGACUGUGGUAGGAGUUCUGGGCAAUUCCUCUCUCCUCCUCCAUUACCUGGUCCUUUACUUCACUGGGUGCAGGGUAAGACACACAGACUUGAUUCUUCAGCACUUGAUUGUGGCCAACUUAUUAACUCUCCUGUGUAGAGGAAUUCCCCACACAGUGGCAGCUUUCAGUGUAAAAUAUUUUCUCAGUGAUAUUGGAUGCAAACUACUUUUCACUCUUCACAGGAUAGGGAGGGGUGUGUCCAUUUGCAGCACCUGCCUCCUGAGCAUCUUUCAGGCUCUUAAGAUAAGUUCUGGCAACUCCAGGUGGGCAGAGAUUAAAGUGAAAGCUUCCAAGUACAUUGACUCUUUUGUGUACUUGAGCUGGAUCCUGUGCCUCCUUGUAAAUGCUAUUUUUCCUAUGUAUGUGAGUGGAAACAGGAGUAGUACAAAUUUUACCAGCAUGAAAGAUUUUGGGUACUGUUCAGGUGUUCGUCAUGAUACAACCACAGACUCACUGUUUGCAGCAUUGCUCUCAUUCCCUGAUGCUGUGGGUGUAGGGCUCAUGCUCUGGGCCAGCAGCUCCAUGGUGCUCAUCCUGCACAGGCACAAGCAGAGAAUGCAGCAUGUGCACAAGACCAGCUCUUUCAGAUCCUCCCCUGAAUCCAGAGCCACCAAAACCAUCCUCCUCCUGGUGAGCACCUUUGUCUUAUUUUACUCACUUUCCUGCAUCUUUCAAAUUUGUUUGGCUGUUAUUUACCAUCCCAACAGAUUCCUGGUGAGCACAGCUACCCUAGUUGCUGGGUGUUUCCCAGCCAUCAGCCCCUUCCUGCUCAUGAGCAGGGACGCUAAUACAUCCAGGCUCUGCCUAACAUGGAUAAGGAUUGGGAAAACUUCUGAUAUCAUGAGGAAUAUGUAA